CGAGACGUUCAGACGUGACGCAGCAGCGCUCUCUACAGGCGUGUUGGACACAUUGAACAUGUCUGUGCUUUUAUUUUGACACUUUCCACUUUAAAGUUUUAAAAUAUUCAGAUAAAAACUGACAGACGAGCGUCUGCGUUUCAUCUCGUGUGUUUUGUUUCCUCGUCCUCGUCUCUGAGAGGCGAUCUGCCGCCUCCGUAACGUCCGCUCACUUUUAUUUAUUGUUUUUGAAAUGAACUUUGGCCGGCGUUGAGCUGAGGGAGUGAGGACAAAGUUCACAUGUAAGGAGGAAGGGGGGGUUCAAAAAAGAGAAAAAAAAGAAAAUUGACCUUUGAAAAGCAAAACAGCAGGUGGAGAGCUGAACCAGGCGGCUCAGGACACAUCAGGAGGAAACUCGACUGGGAAAAUGAAAGCUGAAGAGGGACUGCAAAUAUAAUGAGGCCCGCCGCCGCCUGCACGGCUGUCAUUUGACUUGUGUUUGCUCGCGAGGCGGUGGUGGAGGCGGCAGCAGCAGCGAGGUUAAAGGCAUCAGAGUGAUAAAAAUCAUGGAGGAGAGGAUAGAGGCAGCCAAGGCGAGGCCGAGGAGCCGUCUAACCGCCCUCCAGGAGCAGCUCAUCUGGGCCCUGCUUGGGUCCGGACUGUCCCGGGACGUCUUGGUCCAAGCGGUUGGGGAACUGGAGCGAGACAGGGCGAGCGACAAGGCGGAGGUGAAGGGUGACGGAGAGAGCUCCGAGGAAGGCGAAAUGGAUUUCCCACCGCCGAUCUUCAGGGAGCUGGAGAAGCUUUCCCCAGAGGAGGCGUCCAAACUGAGGGCCGAGGUCGACCAGCUCCUGCAUGGCGACCCCUGGCACGUUGCAAAAAUGGUGAAAAGCUACAUGCAGCAACACAACCUCCCUCAGAGAGAGGUGGUAGAGUCCACGGGACUCAACCAGUCCCACCUCUCCCAGCACCUGAACAAAGGCACGCCCAUGAAGAACCAGAAGAGAGCCGCUCUGUACACCUGGUACGUCAAGAAGCAAUGCGAGAUCAGCCAGCAGUUUACCAACGCCAAGCAUGGCCUGUCAUCUGGGGAGGAGCCAGGUGAGGACAACAGGAAGGGACGGAGGAACAGGUUCAAAUGGGGCCCGGCGUCCCUGCAGAUCCUUUUCCAUGCCUACGAACGACAGAAAAACCCCAGCAAAGAGGAGAGAGAGGGAUUAGUGGAGGAGUGCAACAGGGCGGAGUGUCUCCAGAGGGGGGUAUCUCCCUCCCAGCUUGCUGGCCUGGGAUCCAACCUGGUAACCGAGGUCCGAGUGUACAACUGGUUCGCCAACCGCCGCAAAGAGGAGGCCUUCCGUCACAAACUGGCUCUCGACACACCUUACAACAACCAAUCUGCCUCCUCCUCUCACGGCAACCUCCCAGCAAGUCCUGAACACGGGGUGAAAUACAGCCAGCAGAUCCUGUGCGACACCGUGAGCUCAGCCAGAGGUAACGGAGGAGAAAGAGUUGGACGUCUUGUGGUCAGUCCUAUCCAACUGGAGCCCAGCCACACACUCCUCGAGACACACAACCUCAAGCAGGUGUCCAGCGGUGGACCACUGCCCCCAGUAAGCACUCUGACCUCGCUGCACAGCCUGUCCGCCUCCCCUGCAUCCUCACAGAGCCUCAUCAUGGCCUCACUGCCCAGCGUCAUGAGCCUGGGGGAGUCCUCGCUUCUCAUUGGUCUAGCCUCCACGCAGCCUCAGACCGUGCCCGUCAUCAACAACGUUGGGGGCGGAUUCACCACUCUCCAGCCAAUCUCGUUCCAGCAGCAGCUUCAUGCCUCGUCCCAGCAGCCGAUAUCCCAGCAGCUCCACAGUCACAUGGGCGCCAGUCCCUUCAUGGCAACCAUGGCGCAGCUGCCAUGCCACAUGUACAAGUCCGACUCGCCUCAGUACCAUUCGUCCAGCCUGCUGUCUCAGGCCAUGGUCAUCGCGGACAGCAGCAGCCUGGGGACGCUGACCAGCCUCGCCGCCGUCAGACAGAUUUUAACAGCAGAUCCUGAGGAACAGACGGACUCGCCUUUACAAGAAGACUCUCUACACCUGCAGCCUCACACACCUGUGCCAGCAUCUUCCGAGAGCCUCGAGCUGUAUCCAGCCUCUCAGUCCACAGACAGUCACCAGUCUCACCUCCUGUCGCCGUCACCGACAGACAUCAGCUACAUCCCUACACAGAUGGUGUCUACGGCUCAGUGAAACAUCAUCGGACCGCGAUCUGGAUCGACAGCGAACUCGUCCAGGCGUUUGAAAAGACUCUAACACGAACGAGAAUCCACGUCGGAGAAGAAGAAGAUUCACUUUUGAUACAAUCAA